CAAGGUUUUAAAAACAGUACACCCUUUCAGGAUUAGUUUUCAAGUUUCGAAAGAGAGAAGGGAAGGAAAUCCUGUUUGUUACUAACAAGUUCGAUAGCUCUACAGGGAACCCUGAGCGGGUGUUUUGGGCAAACAGACAUGGACAGGAAGCCCUCAAAUUCUCCUACCAGCUUCAUUGAUCUGAUGGAUGACAUUGAUGCUAUUUCUUUUAUGAAGGCUGGGAAGCUAAAGUUUUCAAAGCCAAACAAGUACUGGGUUGAAAGCUCCCAGAAGAGGUAUGUACCUUGUGUGGAGGAUACAGUUCUUGGUAUUGUAGUUGAUUCUAAGGCAGAUCUUCACACAUACUUCAACGCAACCUUGUGGAUUAUUUUCUGCCUGUUAACUAGGAUCAUCACUAGCAUGCAGCAAAUUAGUGCUAUUGGAUAUUUUUUGUGUUCCUUAUUCAAUUUUUGAGAGAAGAAAACUAAUUUGUUAUACCAGUGAAGACACCGUGCAUGUAUGCAUUCUCCAAGAGAAGGAGAGAGGACCCUCCAAAAACUUUGACCGAUUUCUAAUUUCUAGACUACUUUCUGAUUUUGUCACCAAUGAUGUAAAUUAACUAUUCAGACCCCAAUUACAAAUUUAGAAACUCCCUUGUGUGCUCCCCAAGUAAAGAAAAUUGAAUCAUGCCAGUUGGAAAGUGUUUGACCUUUGACCCUCCAAAAACUGACUAAAAGAUAGGUGACAAAAAUAAACCCAAAUAAUGGCUCAACAACCUUUGAAGUUUGAGAUGCUCCUGAUUCAAUGCCCUAAAGCGCAUAACUGGUGGACAUCAGCUCUUGUGGGAAUCAAGGUCACUAUUCAAUCUCAAAGUGUGUAGACGCAGGGUGCUGCUUGAUACUGCUCUUGGGUUAAAUGUGUUAUAACUGUCCUUGGGUCUCUAAAUUUCAUAAUCACAUCUGACAGAUUCCUUAGAAAAUGGCAUUCAUUUGACAAUUAGCAAACCGAUAGAUAGUAACACAAUGUGAUGUUAACUUAUGAUUUGUGAAUAUAUAGGAAAAAAGGACUAAGAAAGAAGACUUGAGAAAUAUUAGUUUCCUCUCCCCC